CUUCCGGGUGACAGGUGGAUGUUGUUGUGCUGCGGGUCAAAUCAAUCGGACGAAUAUUCCUCCUUUCAAUAAUUCCUCCGGUUGUUACCGGGAGCUUGAUGAGCUCUGAUAUCCGUUAACCGGAUCUUACUCACGGUCCUCUCACCGACCCUCCGAUGGCCUCCAGGCGGCCGGACAGCUUCGACGGACUCGGCUUCCGCGGCCGCGACGACCCGCUGUACGGAGCGAGCUACCCGGUCAGGAGCGCCGGAGGCCCCGCGGACCACUGGGUCACCGCGCCGCCGGACAUCCCGGGCAGCCGCAACCUGCACCACGGGGAGCGGACACCUCAGCGCGACGAGCCGCCGGGGGAGCACGGAGCUCCCGCAGCCGGAUGGGAGGCUCCGGGGCCCGGCGUUCCUCCUGCUGAGCAGCUCAACCGAUUUGCUGGAUUUGGAAUCGGACUCGUCAGUCUCUUCACAGAGAACGUUCUUGCUCAUCCCUGCAUCGUCUUCCGCAGACAGUGUCAGGUGAACUACCACGCCCGCUGCUUCCACCUGAGCCCCUUCAGCGCGGUGGCCGUCAUGUCCUCCAUCACCAAGGCGCAGGGCCUGAAGGCGCUGUGGAAGGGGUUGGGCAGCACCUUCAUCGUUCACGGCAUCUCACUCGGAGCCGAAGGCAUCAUGAGCGAGUUCACACCGUUACCACGGGAACUUCCUCACAGGUGGAGCUGGAAACAGCUGACUGGACAUUUACUGCUAAAAGGGUUAACUGCCGUGGUGGUUCUUCCGUUCUACUGUGCCAGCCUCAUUGAGACCGUGCAGAGCGAGAUCGUGCGUGACGACUCGUCCUCCGGGCUGCUGGACUGCGUGCGCGAGGGCUUGACUCGGCUGCUGGGCGUCGGCGCUCCUCACAGCCACCGGCUGCUUCCUCUCAGCUCGCUGCUGCUUCCGGCCGCGCUGCACGCCAUCCUGCGCUACGCCGUGGCGGCCUCCGUCCAGCAGGCGGCGCUGUGGCUUUACCGGCGCGGCAGGAAGCAGCGCGCCGACCCGGCCAACCCGCUGGACGCCUACUUCCCCGAGCUGGCGGCGGCGUGGGCGGGGUCUCUGGUGGCCGACGUGCUGCUGUUCCCUCUGGAGACGGCGCUGCACCGCCUCGAGCUGCAGGGCACGCGCACCAUCAUCGACGCCACGGACGGCGCGGUGGCGUCGGGCAACGCGGGCAGCCCGCUGGUUCUGCCCGUCAACACGCAGUACGACGGCUUCUCCGACUGCCUGCACGCCAUCCGCCGCAAGGAGGGCGCCGCCGGCUUCUACCGCGGCUUCGGGGCGCUGGCGGCGCAGUACGCGUUGCACGGGGCGCUGCUCGCCGCCGCUCGCACGCUGCUGAGGCUGCUGCUGCUGGAGGGCCGCGCCGCGUAGAGGUUACCAUGGAGACGCAGCUUCACUCGAUGUUCACCGUGACGACGAGAUUAAAACGCGUUGUUAUGACGAAAUGUUAUGACGUCAUGACAACACGACACCACACACUUCACCACGUAGCUUAGCAUAAAGACUGGAAGUGGGGGAAAGUGUUAGCCUAGCUUAGCACAAAGACUGGAAGUGGGGGGAGACAACGUUUGUGUUACGUCCUGAUGUCACUUCCUGCCUUAAAACAAGCGUCGUGGUGGUGUGUUGCCAUGGAAACAGUGUCAAGAACUCGUGACCAGAGCUGAAGUCUAUACUCAUGAAAAUUUAGUGAAACAAUUUAAAAACUUGCAGCCACUUUUUAUUUGUAUAAAGUUGUAAAAAUUAAAAAUAUAUUAAAAGAAAUGUAGGUUUAGAUUAAAUUAUAUUCAAUAAUUUAAUUAUUCAUAAAUAUUCAAAUGAAAUGAGUAAAGAAUAAAGAUGGAAGUUGUUGAGUUUUCAAAAUAAAGGUUUGGAAAAUCGAUGCAACUUUUUCAACCGUCUGAUGUGAAUUAAAAUGAAAGUUAUGAAAGUAUUUGUAACUUUAAUAUUCAGCUAAGUCGAGUCUGCACUUGUUCAAAUGUUGUUUUUUGUUGUAAAUGUUGUGCCGCAGAAAAAUAAGAAAAUGUUUUCUCUUCUGCUGUAAACUUGUUUUCAUGUGAAAUAAAACAAAAUGACACGAA